AAAGUUUCUAUCGAUUCGCCUACAAAAAUAUGUGUCACACAAUACAUUACACGUUUGUUUUGAAUAAACAAUAAGGCUAUUACACCUAGAUCCUUGUUCAUCACGUGUGCCUUGCAUGGCACCCAUAAUAAACGCGAUCAAAUAACAUAUUUUUUUAUUUACUUGUUUGCAUUUAGGGCGGGAUCAUUAUUGAUAAAAUUUCAGUUGUGUAUAAAACUCGAUUGUUUCGAGCCCUUAUGCACACAAAAACGCGCUUUUGUGGGUCUUUCUUCACGGUUUCUGAUUCAAACUAUCAUAGUAAGGGAAAAGAUUGAAUCGUUAUAUUCAAUCCACAAAUUACAUUUGUAAUAGUUUAUCUAGUCAACUAUUUUGAUACCAGACUGGUUAUUAUCGAAAGUCCGUUCACCUGAACUUUGAUCUUGUACUUCCUUGACAUCAUCCCUUCAAGUUCAUAGUCAGGACGUGGUGUUUUUUGCCCUCUACAAAAGUGACACAAUCAUACUAAUAUUAAUAUUGUUAUUAUUAUUACUAUCACGUACACUUACUAUAGUAUCUAGACUAUAACCAAGGUGGUAUAGCUCUAUAUAUACAUACACACUAUAUUAUCAAGCACCAACUACACCCUGAAGCCCCACCCCCCUGAGCUUGAACGUAUCUUCAAACAUCCACUUAUAGAAGUUCUAUCAACCACACUAUACAUUCGUUUUACAUUCCUUUAAUACUUUUUUUUUACAUACAUCUUUAAGUGUGGUUUUUAUUUACGUUCCAAUAACAUUAUUUCACCAUGACUACCUUGAUACAAGCAAGACCUCAAAUUUAUGAGUCCACUAGUGACUCUCUGAAUCAAGUGGAUAAAGUUGUUCAAUCAGUUACAAACGCAACCAAGCGAUUAUCUCAAAUUUCAACCAAUACAAGCACAUCUUCCAAGAAAAGAAAAGCACAGAAUAGAAUUGGACCAUGGAAGUUAGGGAGAACUUUAGGAAGAGGCUCCACCGGAAGAGUUAGAUUAGCCAAAAACAUCAAUACUGGUCAACUUGCUGCCGUGAAAAUUGUACCCAAAUCAAAUUUCAAGAAAUUGGAGAAUCCCAAAUAUAAACGAAGCACAUUGACCGAAAAUGGUAAGGAUAGACUUCCGUAUGGAAUAGAGAGAGAAAUCAUUAUCAUGAAACUUAUUUCUCACCCGAAUAUUAUGGGAUUAUAUGAUGUUUGGGAGAAUAAAAAUGAUUUAUAUUUGAUUUUAGAGUACAUUGAAGGAGGUGAAUUAUUUGAUUAUCUUAUCAAAAGAGGUAAAUUACACGAAUUUGAAGCUGUCAAUUACUUCAAACAAAUCAUUCAUGGAAUAAGUUAUCUUCAUCAAUUUAAUAUUUGUCAUCGUGAUUUAAAACCUGAAAAUUUACUUUUAGAUCUUGAUAAAAAUAUUAAAAUUGCUGAUUUUGGUAUGGCAGCUCUUGAAGUAAAUGAGAAAUUACUUGAAACAUCUUGUGGAUCUCCACAUUAUGCUUCGCCUGAAAUUGUAGCGGGUAAGAAUUACCAUGGAGCUCCUUCUGAUAUUUGGUCGUGUGGGAUUAUUUUAUUUGCUUUAUUGACUGGUCAUUUACCAUUUGACGAUGAAAAUAUUAGAACUCUUUUACUUAAGGUUCAAAACGGGAAGUAUGUCAUGCCUCCAGAUUUGUCUUGGGAAGCAAAGGAUUUAAUUAGCAAGAUGUUGAGAGUAAACCCUAAUGAUAGAAUUACUAUUGAUAAAAUCUUGACUCAUCCAUUGUUAACCAGAUAUCCCGAACCUUCCACCAUUCAAAAGAUGGAGAAGAGCCUUGAUUUCAAGAAAGUUAACAUCAAACCAAUGUCUUCAGUUGAUAAAAUUGAUAAGGAAAUAUUAAAGAAUUUAGCAGUUUUAUUUCAUAAUUGCAGUGAACAAUCCAUUGUUUCAAAACUUCUUUCUCAGAGAAAUUGUGCCGAAAAGACUUUUUAUUACCUACUUAUGAAGUAUAGAAAUGAACACACUGGUACUGGAACUUACUAUGAAGAUGACACCGAUUUGACUGGCAGUGAAUCCAAACAAACAUUGCCUCGAUCCACAUCUAUUGUCAAGACGAUCACGGUUGAUCCUACUACAGGUGAGAAACAUACGACUAUUAAGACUAUCGCCAAAUCGGGAUCCAUCUAUUCAAAUAAAUCAUCACGAGCUCGUACUCCUCCGGUGAAAAAGGAAAGGAAAACGGUAUUGGGAAACAUUACAAAUACUACAGGUAUUUCUGCUUCUACUUCAGUAACAAGAAAGAAAGAGGCCAUGAAAAUGUCUGUCAGGUCGCGUAAUAAUUCUUCGAAAUCGCUUUCCCUGCUGAAACUGAAGAGGAAACAUCUUCAUCAUCAAUUACACAACCAAUACCCACUUCCACAUCAACCACCUCCAGUUCUUAGACGUAAACCUAAUGGUCUCCUAGAGAUGGAUACUGAUAGCUCGGAUUCGUCUCCUGCAAGAUCAGGGAAAAAGAUUAUCGUUGGACCUAGAAGGCAAGCACCAGAGACUCCUGCCAGAAUAUCUAGGAAUUUUGAACAAAUAUGUCAUGAUGUGUUUGGAGUAGAUGAGGUUGAAAGUCUUGCUACACCUAUAAGUAAAACUUACUCUUCCAAAUCACCCAGAGUCAAUUCAGAUUCACAUACUGUAAAACAAGUCAAUGAAGAUUCUAGCAGUCCUCAUGAAAUGGAGAAGAGUAUUAGAGACGAGAAGACUGCACGUGCCCACAGGUCAUCUCAUGCGAGUCAAAUUGCUAAAGAAGCUGAAGCUCAUGCUGAAGCUGUCGCUCAAAGAGAAAGAGCUGAGCAAGAUUUUGAGGAAGCAAGAGCAAAGAAGGAACUCGAGGAAGAGAGAAAGAGGCAAUCACAAUUACUUAAGGAAAAGCAGAGACAAGCGCUGUUGAGGUUGCUGCAACAUGACUCCCAGUUUGAUUUUGCUCAAUCUUCUCGUCGACAUGUUACAGAGCCUAUAUCAUCAUUGGAUCCAAAGAAUUGCGAUCUGAGCCUUCAAAGAUCAAAAUCAUUAGCAAGAGCUUCCUCUCAAUCAGACAGAGGUAUGAAUCAAAAUACUGCCUUGGUCUUACAAAGUUUAGGAAUUGAUGUUACUUCAAAAUUAAAUUUAAAAGAUUCACUUCAUGCUCCAAAAAGAAUCAAUUCCGGUUUGAAAACUUCAAGUUCAAAAAAUUUGUCAAUGUAUCUUCAGAGUCAAGAUGUGGCAGAGAAGGAAAAUUUAACGAUUGAUAAAUAUAAUGAAAAAGAGAAACCAAUUGUUAAACCUGGUAUUCCUAGUGCAAAUUCUCCUGUCACAACCAUAUCAAAUAUGGCCAAACCUAGAAAGAUGGCUUACAAAUCGCUUCUUGGAGAAAUUAAUGAAGAUAAAGUACAGAAAAAUUUGGAAACUCGGAAGCUGGUGCAUGCUGAUACUAGCUUUGCCAAUGAUACCACUGCUGCUAGUAUAACCACCAGACAGAGUGGAUUGAUUCCAAAUCCAAGGUUUUCGAGAUUUUCUUUCAAUGGUUUAUUGAACUCUAAUUUUGAGAGCGGAAAUGUUGAUGUGACGGGGGCCAAGAGAUUCUCCACUAGACAGAACAACCCCAAUGUUACACUUGGGAAGGGAGACGGUUUGCUCAAAAAGUCGUCCACGACGAACCUUGGUGGGUUAGGUAUCAAUGUUAAAUCCAAUAAGGGUACCACCCAAUCUUCCACUAAAAUCAAUACUACUGCUGAUGCUCCAAGUGAUACCGAUGAUUUUAUAAAUUUGAGUGGAGAUAGUUCAUUUGAUAUUAACGACAUUCAAUACUCGAAAGAUUCCUUAUGGAGUGACGAGAAGGAUGAGUACCAUACAACUAUUCUUGACUCUGAAUUCUCCAAUUUCGAGGUGUUGAGUACACACACAGCGGACAUUGUCACAGUUCACAGGAGUAAACCUAAUCUUGUGGAUGGUGCUAGUCUGGGAGACAGUUCAAGGGAAACGUUGGUCGUACACCCUCAUCCUUCUUCUUCGUAUUCCCAAACCAUGAAUUCAUCUGGUGGAAGAACGAUCGAUGUAAGUGAACAAACUCAAGAAUCAAUCAAGUCAAUAUAUAAGGACUACCAAAGCUUGGUAAGGGAUGAUAGAAGACCAGUUUCCCAAGCAAAGACUUACAAUGUUCUUGAAGAAAACAAACCUAACCUCAGACCAGAUUCUGAAUACCAAUCACAUUUCAAAAUAAUGCACAAUGAGAACCGUGAAGGUGAGCAUACAAGUGAUGAAUUUGAGGAUACAUCUGGUGAUGAAUCCGAGAGAAGAAUAAAGUUCACCGCUCGAGUGAAUAGCAAUAUCGAUAUUUUAGAUAAUUCAUCCUUUGCUGACAGCAAAGAAUUCAAGAACAACACGUUCGAUUUUGAAACUAGCAAGGAUGAAUCCGAGAGACCUUUAGAUUCCCAAUUUAGUGAAGAUGAAAAGGAGGUGUAUGAAGAGCAAUCAAAAAGCUCAAGAAGUUCCACACAAAUUUUCAGUACUAUGGCUUUACAUAAGACUGCUGCUGGUGCAGAUGAUGAUGAGGUGUUAGUUGCUGAUGAAUAUGAAACUGGACCUCAACGUGUAGGAUCUCUCUUUAGAAGAAUCAGUUUGAAGCCUAAGCGUGCAGCUCCAAAGGCUCCAGAAGAAGAUAACACCCGAAAGGUAGCACCAGGACAUAAGUUCCAUGGAAUUGCUCCAAAUGCCAAGAAGACUUCCGUUGAGCUCUAUGCGGAAGAGUUACCAUCACGCAAGGGAAAUUGGUUCAAGAGAUUAAUGAACGGGAUCACAACUUCAACUACAAAGGUUAAAGAUUCGAAGAGAUUGUCGAUGCACAAGAGUCAAGACAUUUAUGUUCAAGAUAGAGAUGGCGACAAAAACGUCCAUGUCAUUGAUUCAGUAUUGAUUGCUACCGACCUUACAAGAGUUAUCAAGAAUACAUUACAAUUGAAGUACUUGGAAGGGUCGGUUAGUCAAUGUGUAUUUGAUGACGAAUUUGGAAUUAUUACGGGAAGUAUUCCCGCCAAAUUUGCCAACGGACGCCGCCUCAAAUUCAAGAUGGAGAUUAUCGAUCUAAUUAACUCGUCGUCUUUGCAUAUUUUUAGAGAAAAGGGAUCAGAGAAGGGAUUUAAAACAUUUACUAAUGUGGUUGAGUUCAUUAUCCAUCAAGAAGAACAAGCUCAAACUAGACGUAGGCCACAUACUGACUACUCAUUUUCAGGAUACAAAGGAACAUCAUGAUACCCCCACAUAGCAAUUUUUCAAUAGCAGCAUACCCCCCCUUAGCUGAAAGGAAGCAUAGCAUUUUACGCUU